CUCAGCCUCCGUCCCCUCAUGAGGGCAGCGCCGCCGCCAUUACCUGCAGCUCGGCCCUCUCCGCUUCCCAGCGCCCUUUCUCCGCCUCGAACCGCGCCCACUCGUGCUGGAUGAAGUGCAGGAUGCCCGGCAGGCUGAGGCCGCGCCACCGCGUGGUCACCUCGGGCAUCGCCACCACCGCCAAAGAACCGACCGCCCCAACGCCUCCAAAUCAACCAAUCCCCCCCUCUAAUUAACUCAUUAACCCCAUUAACCAACCCAUUCAUUAAUUAACCACCUCCUUCGUGACUUAAUUAACCCCCACCAUGAGAAUCACCCCCUGCCAGGCCGCCCUGGCCGCCGCCAUCGCUCUCAACCUCCUCCUGCUGCUCUGCUCCCGCCUGGUCCCCGGCUCGUCCCCUCAGUGCCACCACCCCCGGCAGCGCGUCCCCGAGGGUGUCCCCGGUGUCACCGUCAUCCUCCGCGACUUUGACGGCCCCGAGCACGACGUGGCCGCCACCGCCCGCUCCUUCGCCGCCCUGCCCGGCGUCCCGGUGCUGGUGGCCGCCGAGACGUCCCCGUACCCGCCGGUGCCGCUGCCCGCCGGUGUCACCGUGCUGUCCCUGCGGCCGGAGCCUCACCGGCCACCCCCGCGGCCGGAGCUGGCCGUGCGGACCCGCCACGUGGCCUUGGUGCCGGAUGGCACCCGAGCCGUGCCGGGCUUGCUGAGACACAUGAGGGACAUCCUGGAAGCCACCUCAGAUGCCACCACCAAGGUGGUGGCGGCGGCCGUGGGGCAGCGGCGCCCGCGGUGUUUGACCUUGGAGGUGGACAUCAAAGCGUGGACGGCGCGCUACGGCCUCGCUGGCCACCAGGGUGACCACCAGGGUGACCACCAGGGUGGCCAGCAGGGUGGCCAGCAGGGUGACCAGCAGGGUGACCAGCAGGGUGACCAGCAGGGUGACCGCUGCGGCGCUCUGGACGGCGCCCCGGCCGUGCUGCUCCUGCGGACGCGCGAUCUCUUCUCCCUCCCCUUCCCUUUGUCCCGCCCCGUUGUCACCUCCCUGUCCCUCCAAGCCGCCCUCCGCGGCUGGCACCUCCUCCUGCUGCCAUCCUCCUUCCCGCUGUCCCCUCGUCCCCCUCCGUCCCCUCACGCCCUGUGGAGAUCCCAAAGCUCCCUGAGCGCCCAGCGCCGGGCGCUGCUGGAGCGCUUCGGGCUGAAGCUGGAGCUGCUGCCGGACGGUUCCCGGCGUUGGCACGGCUGCACCAAGGACACCCCGCGCUGCUUUGGCACCGUGCGCUGGCAAACCCCCGAGUACCUGCUGGCCGGGCGCUGGACACCGCCCUGCUGCCUGCGGGCUCUCCGUGCCACCGCCCGCCACGUCCUGGCCCAGCUGGAGGCGGCCGGGAUCCGCCACUGGCUGGAGGGAGGGACCCUGCUGGGCGCCGUCCGCCUCGGGGACAUCAUCCCCUGGGACUACGACGUGGAUGUGGGGCUGUACCGCCAGGAUGUCCCCAAAUGUCGCUGGCUGGCCGAGGUGGUGGCCUCGGGUGGGCCCGUGGAGGACCCGCAGGGUUUCCUGUGGGAGAAAGCCAGCGAGGGGGAAUUUUUUCGGGUCCAUUACAGCCGGACGAACCGACUGCACGUGGACCUGUGGCCCUUCUACGUCCGGCCCGGCUCGGCCGUGAUGACCAAGGACACGUGGCUGGGUCACCGGCAGGACGUGGAGUUCCCCGAGAGUUUCCUGGUGCCCCUGGGCACGGUGCCCUUCGCCGGUGGCCUGGCCAAAGCCCCCAACGACCCCCGCGCCUUCCUGGAGCUCAAAUUCGGGCCCGGGGCCAUCGAGAACCCCGAGUACCCCAACCCCGGCGUCAGGAGGUUGGCACAGGACCUGGGCAAUAAAACAUCACGGUGACACUUGUGACAACCUUGGUGCCGCUCUCAGUGCCAUCCCUGGGGUCCCUGUGCCAUCCCUGGGGUCCUUCUGUCACCCCUGGGGUCCCAGUGCCAUCUCUGAGGUCCCUGUGCCAUCUCUGGGGUCCCUGUGCCACCCCUGGGGUCCCUGUGCCACCCCUGGCGUCCCUGUGCCAUCCUUGGGGUCCCUGUGCCAUCCUUGGGGUCCCUGUGCCACCCCCGAGGCCAUCGAGAACCCCGAGUACCCCAACCCCGGCGUCAGGAGGUUGGCACAGGACCUGGGCAAUAAAACAUCACGGUGACACUU